AUGGCGUCGAGUUCCGACGAGGGCGAGAUCAUGGAGAAUGACGCCGUGGAUUUGAAGGCAACUUCACUGCCGAAGAAGUUUGAAGGAAACGGUGUUGACCGUCAAGACAGAACUCGAGAUAGACGCUCGGCCUCCAACUCCCCCGAGUACGACAGUUCCGCCAGAAACCACCACCACCUUUCGAGACGCAGUCGUUCGCCCCCGCCGCUCCGCGGCUUCAAGCGCGCCCGCGACGAGCGUGACUACGCCGGUGGAGGACGACAAGAUACCCGCCGCUUCCGCGUGCACUACGAGGACGGCGUGAGGGAUGACUACCGCCAUUCACGCGUAUCGUACGAAGACCUAGACCGCCCGCCGUCCCGCGGCUCGAACAACAGCUACGACGGUCGUGAUAGGAACCGCAGUCGCGAGAGAGACGCAUACAAAGAAAGAGAUAGAGAUCAGCGCGAUCGGGACAGGGACCGAUACCCGGAUAAGAGACCCCGCAACCGUACCAGGUCGCCCUACAGGCCCCCGCGCGGCGAGCGAGGGGGCCGCGAUGAUCACUACGCCAGAGACGGCGGGCGAGAUCGUCUCACCGAUUCGUUCCGCGGCCUCAAGUAUGACGACAACAGAGACCGACACGCCCGAAACGGAGGCGCGGCGCCAAACGGAGUCGCUGUAGGAAAGGAUCCGCGCGCUUCCAGAGAAGAUGCUAAACCUGUGAAAGACUCUGCAGACCGUGAAAAUUCUGCGGCUUCUCGUUCUCGGGGCCAGACCGCUCCGCAGGUGGUAGAGCCUGAUCAUAGCUACGAGGAGCCCGAGGAGCCAAUGGUCAUUGACGAGGAAGCUGAGAUCGAACGCAGGCGACGACGACGUGAUGAGCUACUCGCAAAGUCCAGCUCAGCUACCCCGCUGCUUGUUCACGCAUUGCAUGCUGCUGAAAGGUCGGCGAUUCCAUCACCAGCGCAGGAGAACACCCCUGCGACGGAUAUCGGAACCCCAGGCACAGGUAAGAAUUUCACCUCCCAGACUUUGACAUACGCUAAGUCUACAGACAUUGCCUCACCAGCCCAAGACGGAAGUUCGCCUGGUGCUAUCGACAUUGUGAAUGAGAGCGACCUCAUGAAUACUCAUGGCGGUGGUGACGCAACCGAGGAGGACGGCCCCUCAGCUGCAGACUACGAUCCCACAGCCGACAUGAAGGAGGACGAGAGACGCGAUGAGAUGCGACACGGUAACGUGGGUGUUCAUGGCGAAGCUCCUGAUGCGUCGAACGACAAGCAGCCACUGGAACAGCCUCAGGAAGCCCCUGCGAAGAAGUCAUCAGAAGACGACGAUGAUGACGAUUUUGACAUGUUUGCUGAAGACUUUGAUGACGACAAGUACGCUGCACCCAACCCUGUCAAGGUAGCUGUGGUGGACGAGUCCAAGGCCUCGCCAGCACUUGCGCCGCCGAACGGAGCCAUCCUCGAGGGCGACGAUAAGGACGGCUACUACAAGAUUCGCAUCGGCGAGAUCCUCAACGGCCGUUAUCAGGUCCAGUCGACUCUGGGCAAGGGUAUGUUUUCUGGCGUUGCGCGGGCUGUCGACAUUACGAACAAGAAAUUGGUCGCUGUCAAAAUCAUGAGAAACAACGAUGCGCUGAGGAAAGGAGGUUACACCGAGAUUGCCAUCCUGCAAAAGCUUAACGAUGCCGAUCCGGAGAAUCGGAAGCAUAUUGUCAAGUUUGAGCGGCAUUUCGACCACAAGGGCCACCUGUGUAUGGCGUUUGAGAAUCUAAGUCUGAACUUGCGCGAAGUGCUCAAGAAGUUUGGCAACAAUGUUGGAAUCAACCUAGGCGCAACUCGAGCAUACGCUCAUCAAAUCUUCAUUGGCCUUGCUCACAUGCGCAAAUGCAGUGUCAUCCAUGCCGAUCUGAAGCCUGACAAUAUCUUAGUCAACGAGAGCCGAAAUGUGCUCAAGAUUUGUGACUUGGGAACCGGUAUCGACAAAUCUGAUGCGGCUACGGCGCACAACGAGAUCACCCCGUACCUGGUCAGUCGCUUUUACAGAGCACCAGAGAUCAUUCUCGGAAUGCCCUACGACUUCUCCAUCGACAUGUGGUCCAUCGGUGCCACGUUGUACGAGCUGUACACGGGCAAGAUCCUAUUUGCAGGCGACAGCAACAAUCAGAUGCUCAAGGCCAUCAUGGAGAUCCGUGGCAAGAUCACGCCCAAGCUCUACAAACGAGGUCAACUCUCGGCGAUGCAUUUUGAUGAAUUGGGCAACUUUGUCAGCAUGGAGCGGGACAAGGCGCUUGGAAAGACAACCGCCAGGGUCCUGCCCGUCGUCAAACCAACGCGUGAUCUGCGCACCCGCCUCUUUGCCGCGUCAGCGGGUAUGAACGACGCCGAGACGAGGGACCUGAAUCAUUUUGUCGACCUGCUCGAGCACUGCUUGACGCUUAACCCGGAGAAGAGGAUCAAGCCUGCCGACGCGCUGAAGCAUCCGUUCUUUACGGCUAGGGUCGCUGCGCCUGUGAAGAGAUAG